GGUAUAUCUUGUUAAGUGCAGCCCGAAAGACGAACAGCAUCAUUUUUAUGAAAUAUAGAGCAACGGCGAAAAUAGGUCUAAAAUGGAAGGGUCAUGUUUACAAAUUUUUGCGACAUUGCUUCUUCUUUACGCAAUAGUGCCAUCAAUACCAGCGUCCGGUACUGACUUUCCGUUGUCUUCUGCUCACGAAUGCUUAGUAACACAUACACAUAGACGUGUAAACGGAUUUGCUCCUUACUACACAAAACAAAUUAAAUGCAAGCAUUUUGAAUUUACAAACGCAACAUGCUCUUCCACUUGUCGAGAUCCUCGGACGGGAAAACUGCUGUCAAAGAAAAAAUAUCGUCCGGACCCAAUUUCUUGUGUUCAAACUUUUGACAGCAGAAUUGAAGGAAAAAUAGAGCUUUCCGUAACAAUUUCAUGCAGGUGA